GUGUGUUUUAGAUGCUCUUAAGAAGUACACAUAUUAGCCAUGUUUACCUGGGGUUAAUCUCCCAUUGUAUUUCUCAUUGUUUGAGCGACACCUGUCGGAGAACGCAGGUAUUACAGCUUGUUUCUGCUAAGAGACGUCAUUGUCGGUAUCCAAGCCUCUGUACAGUAUCUGAGAGAACAGACCAUCGUCAGUAUAUCCGCGCUGCUACUGCGUCAGGCCUCUGGCAUCACCCUCAAGAGCUAUGGGAAAGGAAAAGCUGCACAUCAAUAUAGUGGUCAUUGGCCAUGUGGACUCUGGGAAGUCCACUACCACCGGGCACCUCAUCUAUAAGUGUGGUGGCAUCGACAAGAGGACCAUUGAAAAGUUUGAGAAGGAGGCUGCUGAGAUGGGUAAAGGUUCUUUUAAGUAUGCAUGGGUUCUGGAUAAACUGAAGGCUGAGCGGGAGCGGGGCAUCACAAUUGAUAUCUCCCUCUGGAAGUUUGAGACCAGCAAGUACUACGUCACCAUCAUUGAUGCCCCUGGACACAGAGACUUUAUUAAGAACAUGAUCACUGGUACCUCCCAGGCGGACUGUGCCGUGCUAAUCGUGGCGGCAGGUGUGGGCGAGUUUGAAGCCGGCAUCUCGAAGAACGGUCAGACCCGAGAGCAUGCCCUGCUGGCAUACACGCUCGGUGUGAAGCAGCUGAUCGUGGGCGUCAACAAGAUGGACUCCACAGAACCUAAUUAUAGCCAGAAGCGCUAUGAGGAGAUUGUGAAGGAAGUCAGCACUUACAUCAAGAAGAUUGGAUACAACCCUGAAACAGUGGCCUUUGUGCCAAUCUCUGGCUGGAAUGGAGAUAACAUGCUCGAGGCUAGCCCAAAUAUGACCUGGUUUAAGGGGUGGAAGAUCAACCGCAAGGAAGGGAGCGUCUCAGGAACGACUCUAUUAGAGGCUCUGGAUGCCAUUCAGCCUCCAACCCGGCCAACUGACAAACCACUGCGCCUCCCACUCCAGGAUGUUUACAAGAUUGGAGGGAUCGGUACAGUCCCAGUUGGUCGCGUUGAGACCGGUAUCCUGAAACCUGGCAUGGUUGUGACAUUUGCCCCUGUGAAUGUGACCACUGAGGUUAAGUCUGUAGAAAUGCAUCACGAGGCCUUGUCUGAGGCGUUGCCUGGUGAUAACGUGGGAUUUAACGUGAAAAACGUGUCCGUCAAAGACAUCCGUCGUGGGAACGUCGCAGGAGAUAGCAAGAAUGACCCUCCACAAGAAGCUGCUAGUUUCACUGCACAAGUCAUAAUCCUGAACCACCCUGGCCAGAUCAGUGCUGGCUAUGCUCCAGUGCUGGACUGCCAUACGGCCCAUAUCGCCUGCAAGUUUGCUGAGCUGAAGGAGAAGAUCGACCGUCGUUCAGGGAAGAAGCUAGAGGACAACCCCAAAUCGCUCAAGUCUGGUGAUGCUGCCAUUGUGGACAUGAUCCCGGGCAAGCCCAUGUGUGUUGAGAGCUUCUCUGAGUACCCUCCUCUCGGGCGCUUCGCCGUACGCGACAUGCGUCAGACGGUGGCAGUGGGCGUCAUUAAGGGUGUGGAGAAGAAGACACCCACUUCAGGCAAGAUCACCAAGUCUGCCCAGAAGGCCCAGAAGAACAAAUGAAUUUUGUGCAGGGCUGCAACCUCUCGAGUCAGCCACAGCAGAAUCCACAUCGUCCAUCCGCUCCUUAGCUUAAUAGUCAAAGCCUGGCAAAUUAUCACAAUGCAUCGCAAGAGUAGACGAAGGAAAAAACCCACAACCGCCCAGACAAUGAUGUUCAUUAAUAUAUUGUACUAUUGUGUUUAUGGUUUCAAGUUUCUAGUCUGAAUUGUAAGUUGAUGUUCUGUGUAUAUUUAUCAGCACCUUAUACUAGAGCUUAGAUUAAGGAGAGGAAAAGUGAUUGUUUCUAUCUUCUCUGCUUAAUGUGCAGUAGUCUGAGAACCUUUCCCAGUUCCCAGUCCUGACCAGCCAUGUAGCUAAUGUUGCAAAUGUGAUCUGGCAUGCAAGCGCAAUCAGCUGUUUCUGCUUCUUGUAGUCAAGGAUUUUUUUCCAUUGGUCCGUAUUGAGCUGAUGUGUCGUGAUGUAGCUUUUAGUGGCUUUUCUGGCUGCAUGCAUGAAACUACCCUAGUUAGCGCACUUUACCGAGACUCCCUUAACACUUUGAGAAUGCACAAGCUAAAUACUUUGCACUUGCACUCAUGUACUUUAACAUAUGGACAUAUAGUUCUCCAUAAGCUCAUUUAACAUGGAUAAACAAUAAUAAUAAUAAUAAAAACAACAACAUUGAGCACUCAUUUUUUGUUGCUGUUUAAAUUUUACUUCUGGAUGAAGCAGACUAACAUCUGAAUCAGUUGCUGUAGACAAACAAGAUUGGCAAAUGGAGUUUAGCUAUGUUGCCUGGAAAAGAUUUUAAUAUUAUUAUUAGUAGUAUUAUCCAUCCAUCCAUCCAUUUUCCGUACCGCUUGUCCUACACGGGCUCGCAGGGAGCCUGGAGCCUAUUCUACUGAAUGUGGUGCACAAGGCAGGGGACACCCUGGAGUCAACACAUCGCAGGGCACAAUCACACACAUUCACACGCUACGGUUUUGUAAUGUCAAUCAGCCUACAACGCAUCUCUUUGGAUAGGGGAGUAUCUGGAGGAAACCCCCAUAGUACGGGAACAAAAUCUCAACUCUGGAGGUGCGAGAUAACAUGCUAACCACCACUAAGCCACCGCGCCCCCCAUUAUUGUAUGUGUGUAUAUAUAUAUAUAUAUAUAUAUAUAAUGUAGUUAUAAACACAUGGCACAUUACUGUAUUACCUAUUAUCAUUAGAAAUGACUAGCAUAAACUUUGCUAAUGAGUUAAAAUAUGCUCUUGAGUAGCAAAUAUACAUUUAUUUUGAAAUGCAUGAGACUUGUAUUUACUUAUCUGGAUUUACUCCUCUAUACACCUUACUUCCUCCUGCUAGCUUGCAAGCUAUCUUGCUAACCACUAACAGCUGCAUGUUUGAAACUCCAUUUCAUGACACUUGAUGACUGACAGUUGCUAUUCAGCCUGCAGUUCAGAAUUAUUAUUAUUACUAUUAUGAUGAUGAUGAUGGUGAUGAUGAAACACUUAGCUUACACUAGCUGAAAAUUUUAACAGAAGAUCAACAUUUCACUAAAAAUAGCUAAAAAUCUCAAUGGCUAACCUGAGAGAAACUCCACCUCAGUUAUGUAUGCGCUUAUUUGUAAAACUAUAACCCUAUGCUGAAGUGGUUCACUAAAGAGUAGUUAUUUUCAAGUGUAUUUUUAUAGCUGUGCUCAGUAUUGAAAUAUUUAUGAGUGAUUUUAGCGGUCCCCCAAAAGCUGUCACUACUAAUGAUGUACAUACAGUAUGCACCUCAGCUAGUCAGGGGCAUCGAGUAUUUUUUUUUUUUUAGCAACAAUACUCCAGCCAUUAAUAUAAUACAUAAGUAAUAAUUAGAAGCUCUUAGAAAUAAUAGAGAAUGCAGUAGCGCUAUCAAGGUUAACACCAAAUGAACGUAGUUAGUAUGAUUAUGCUGGAAAGCUGUGGCUAAUAGCAUUAGUAAAUCGGUCAUGAUACACUCCUUUGGAAAAGAUUACUUUUUUUUUUUUUGGCAGAUGAGAACAAAACAGGAGACAGUACACUAGUUGAUGCUAGUUAUGUUCUAGUAUUUAAUUAUCCAUCCGUCCAUCCACCCAUUUUCUAUACCGCUUAUCCUUCAGGGUCACGGGAACCUGGAGCCUAUCCCAGGGAGCAUCGGGCACAAGGCGGGGUACACCCUGGACAGGGUGCCAAUCCAUCACAGGGCACAAUCACAUACACAUUCAUACACUACGGACACUUUGGACAUCCCAAUCAGCCUACCAUACAUGUCUACGGACUGAGGGAGGAAACCGAAGGAAAC